CAAUGUGCAUCAACCGGAACCGGAAACUGGCACUGUUUACAUUUUAAACGAUGUUACUACACGUUAACUAGCUGUGAAAACGACAAGGACGAAUAUUUUAGCUAUAUAUAAUAUUUUCAUCUGUAUUUUCAGCAUGUUAAAUUGGAGAGGCGAGUAAUACAUGUAAAUGGCAGAAUUUAGCGAUUAAGAGGCGCGGAUUAGGAGGCUUAUUAAAUAAGCGCUAGCUUGGCGGGAAGAACAAGUGGACCUGUGUGCCCAAAAAAUAGGAUUUUAUUUGGCUCGUCAGCUAAAUCUGAGAUUAAUACAUAGCUAGUUAUUAUUGCGUUUACGUGGACAUUAUUAUGGAAGACCAAAAGGAAAAUAUAUUUGACAAGGAUGGAAAUGUUAAAGCGUCUCAUAGCCCAGAGGACGACAGUAAUUCUCUUGCCAAAUCUUGCAACAGGAGAUGUGGCCAGAAGGAACCCGUAGAGGCUCCUCCGUCCUCCAGCAAAGGCGAGUUCAGUGACCCCGUGUAUAAGGAGAUUGCUGUCGCCAACGGCCACAUCAACCGCAUGAAUAAAGAUGAACUACGUGCAAAACUGGCCGAGUUGAAGCUUGAUACUAGGGGGGUGAAGGACGUGCUGAAGAAGCGGCUGAAGAGCCACUAUAAGAAGCAGAAGCUGACGCAGGCGCUCCUGGAGGGCGGACCCACGGACACGUACUACGACUACAUCUGCGUGGUGGACUUCGAGGCCACUUGCGAGGAGAACAACCCGCCCGACUUCCUGCACGAGAUCAUCGAGUUCCCCAUGGUCCUGGUCAACACGCACACGCUGGAGAUUGAGGACUCGUUUCAGGAGUACGUUAAACCCGAAACGAACUCUCAGCUUUCAGAUUUCUGUGUGCAGCUGACGGGAAUCACACAGGAAACGGUGGAUAAAGCAGACAGUUUCUCCAGUGUUCUGCAAAGGGCCGUGGCCUGGCUGCAGGAGAAGGAACUGGGGACCAAGUACAAAUACGCUGUUCUGACAGAUGGGGCCUGGGACAUGAGCAAGUUCCUGAACAUCCAGUGCCGGGUGAGCGGGAUUCGCUAUCCCCAGUUUGCCAAAAAGUGGAUCAACAUCAGGAAGUCCUACGGGAACUUCUACAAGGUUCCCCGGACCCACACUAAGCUGAGCAGCAUGCUGGAGAAGCUGGGCCUGCAGUACGAGGGCCGGCCCCACUGCGGCCUGGACGACUCGCGGAACAUCGCCCGCAUCGCCCUGCGCAUGCUGCAGGACGGCUGCCAGCUGCGCGCCAACGAGCGCAUGCACGCCGGCCAGCUGCUGAGCGUGCCCAGCUCCGCCCCCGUGGAGGGAGCCCCGCCCCCGCACAACCCACGCUGCAGGAACUAGCCCCUUCCACUGCCUAAGCCCCGCCCCCAAGCACACCUACAUGUCACAGUCAGGGACAUCUGCCACAAGGCCUUAAACCGAGAAAGGGGGAUGGUCUUUGAUUGUCUCUCAUUUCCCCCCCUUGAAAUUAUCCUCUCUGCAUAGCUUGAACUUAACAUUGCACCCCCCCCUCCACAUUUGGUAUGGCAGUGAUCUUUGCUCUUUGUAUUUCUGGUUCAGUAUUGUGUCUGUGUUUGUACUGAGCUCUCUGUACUGGAGUGGGCCUGCGCAGGAAGUGUGAAAUUUGGAAACACUGACCGCAGUGGAAAUUAACACACACACAUACCACAGCACUGUGACUAUGAGUGACAGCUUCACUAGCUGACUGACACGCUGAAGUACCACAGUCUCGUUUCAUGGACCGCGUCCGUUCAUGUUCUUUACUUUUGGCCACCAUGGAUAAUGUGCCAUAUCUCUGUGCUGCAAAUUUAACUUUUUAAUUGCACAUUUCUCCUCGUUUUACUAAAAAGUUGAUCUUUCACUGUCUCGUUUACCUCUGAACAGACCACAAACCCCACCCCCCCCCACUACCACCCCACCCCCACCCCCAUCCGUACCCUAACCCUCACCCCCCACCUGCCCUCGGUCUGCCUCAGGAAGACCUUUGAGCUGUGAGAGGCUGCUGGCUUCCCUCUUCGUAGUCCAGACCUGCUGUUUUGGAUUUAGGAUAAGGUGUGUGUGGGGUUAUUUCCUUCAGUACACAAUUGGGCAGAUUGUUUGGCUAUCUGGAAAAGAACCACAUACCUGUGAGGUUGUGAAUAUGACCCAUGACCCUACAAGGUUGCCCCCCCCCCCCCCCCCUUUUUCAUAUGCACUCAUAAAUAUUAGUCCAGUAUCAAUAUCCAUUAGAAUUAUUUCUCUCUCUUCAGAUGCUGUUUCAAUAUUUAUUUUGAAAAAUUUGAGUUGUUGACCAGGAAUAAAUUGUUAAAUUUUAUGGUUGUCUAAAUGAUGCAGUUGAUUCAAGUGUUCUUGUAGGGGUUUGUAUAUUAAUUUGUGCAAAUGAACAAAUGGGAAUUAUGAGCUGUUUUUUGGUCUGAUUUGUUCUUUUUUAUGCCAAUAAACCUCUAAAAAAACUUUACAUUA